AUGGCCAUCUCAAAGCCUUGUAUCGAGGAUGUCAAAGUCCAGAAACCUUCUCCCCUCCCCGAAACUGCCACAGAAGAAGAGAUAAUCUCACACAUAGAAUCUAUCGUCGCCUCCAUCGCCAACGCUGUCAACGAGCGCCAAUUUGACCCGAAUACCGCACCUUGGACGUCCGUCGCCUCAGAAUUCUCCAUGCCGGCCAUUGGUUUCCGUGGGGAAGCAAAAUCACGAGAAGACUAUGUCGACGGGUUCAAAAACCUCGCCUUGCCCUAUCCCAACUUCCGGAUUGAGCCGCUGAAGAUGGAGAGCUAUGUCCUGCUUGCCGUGGGUUAUGCUGAAGUCUAUUUAACAGCGCAGAGUUCAGGAGGCCGGACUUUGCCAAUGGGGAUCAAGAGGAAAGGUAUCGGGAGACAUGAGUUUCGCAGGGUGGACGGUGCCUGGAUGAACGUUAAUGAGACGUCGUUCUUGGGGAUUGGGGAUGGUGUGGCGGUGUUUGAGAUGUAG